AUGAAUCAGCGAGACAAACAUUCCUGGUCAUCAAAACCUUCCAUGUCUUGUGUGUUAACCUGUGUAUCAGCCGACUGUGGUAAGCAGCUUCCAGUAGGAUAUUGCUAUGCAAAUGAACUAGAAACUCCAGUCGUACCGGAAGUCAUAUCCUGGCCCUGUCCCCUCAAAAGAAAAAUGACAAUAUAUAGAAUAACUCAAGCAUCUGCUGAAUUAUUCAAGAGUCGGUUAAACGGCACCCUGACACUAUGGUUGUGGGUAUGUGUAGUGUUGGCUUGCCUCGUAGUGGGUGCUGGAGAGGGUAGUGAGAUACAGCUGUACCCUGCACUCCCACGCAUGUUGACCAACCCACUUGAUCACCGCCCGAGUGUCCAUGAUUCUCAUAGGCUCAUCCUUCAAGUACAAAAUCAGAAUUUCGUUGAUUCUCGACGGAAAAAUCAAACCUCUACUGUCGAAGUGACUGCUAAUCCUCAGAGAGAGGCUACCACUGCAGUCCACUGCGUCGAUCAAAAGCCACGAUCACCAAAAGGUGGUUUCAUUCCCUUUCUUGGUGAAGACUGCUAUUUCGACCCCACCUCAUUAUACCUGCUGGGUUUACACUCUCCCGAAGACGACAGCCAUCUGAAUGCCAUCUACACGAGCGUCAUGUCCAUCAUCAAUACCACACAGGGUGCAUCGGCCACUCCAUUAUCCAUCGGCACGAUCUCUGAAACCACAACUUUUCUUCGACUAGGAGCUCCCGGGUAACAACAAAAGAGCCUAAACCAAAUAAAAGCCACAGAAACAAAUAUAGGUCUCAACACCAGAGACUGGAAGCCUCAAAGAGAAAAGUACAGUUUUAUUUCCUACCACCUGGACCUGCUGAGGACCUUAGUGUCUGCUGGUAUGGAGUGGAAACCGCAGAUGGACGGAGUGGAGCAAAGUAAAACGUUUCCACUUGCUGGCUUCUUCCCCAUCCUCAUGACACUGCUCAACUGCCUCCUCCUUGCCACCCACCAUAUCAACAAUAACAACAACAAAAAUAACAACAGUAACAGUAUCAAUAUCAAGAACAAUUACGCCGGUGGUGUCGGAGGCAGAAACAAUGCGUUCUUCCUGCGGGAGUUUGAUAUCAGUGACUUAAAACAGCGAAUGUAACAGCGAGCAAAGGACAAUUUAUUUAAUGUCCAUGUGUGUUCCCUGGUUCUGCUCCUUCCCAGGUAUAAUGUUACUAUCCUCUACACUGUGAUCAAGUCUUCCCUGGUUCUUGUCUUUCCCAGGGAGAAAAUAUCCUGUACACUGUUAUGUCUCCCCUGGAUUUGGUCCCUCCCAGGGAGAAAGUUAGUAUCCUCUACGUUGUCUCCUGUGUCUUCGGUCUCUUCCAGGGAGAAAGUUAAUAUUUUUUUCAUUGUGAUAAUAUCUCCGCUGGUUAGUCUUGUUGCGUCGCCUGAACAACUAGUUAACUGUGCGUCUCACGCUCAUCCCGUGAGCAGCACCACAGAUAGAUUGCACUGGAUCUUAUUACCACUAAAAAAAAAGUCA